AAGGUCUGUGUCUUCGUUUUCUCUUUUGCAUUUUCGUGUUCAUUUUCUUCUUGAUGAUAUUUUAUUAAAUUUUAUUUCUAUAUUCCGUUUGGUUGCCGAGAAAUUUUCUUUAUUUUCCAACGAUUUCCCAGCUGCCAAACGUGGCAUUGUUAGGUUUUGGUUCUUCUGUCACCGAUCUGUGAUUAUUUUUCUUACGUGUCGUUUUGGUUGGCGUUUGACACGCUCCGUUUGGUGGCUGGGAAAAUGGAAGGAAACGGAACUGAAAUUUGUUAUUGUUUCUGAUUUUGGUGAUCUCACUGUUGUGGACUGAUUGAGAAUGGCUUGGAGUUAUGUUAUCGUGUGAUAUAGGGAUCUGAAUCGGGGUUUAGUUUAAGCAGUCAUGGCAUCAAAGUUAGUUCAGUUGCAAACAAAGGCUUGUAAAGCUUCACAGUUGGUGGCCAAGCAUGCAAACUCCUACUACAAGGAGCUGUUGGAGGAGAAUAAGCAGUACAUCCAGGACCCACCCACCAUUCAAAAAUGUGACCUAUUGGCAAAGCAGUUAUUUGCUACUCGUCUGGCCAGUAUUCCGGGCCGUUAUGAAGCAUUCUGGAAGGAACUUGGUUAUAUCAAGAACCUAUGGAAGAAUAGACAGGAGUUGAAGGUAGAGGAUGCUGGUAUUGCUGCUCUGUUCGGACUUGAGUGCUAUGCCUGGUUCUGCGGUGGUGAGAUUGUGGGAAGAGGAUUUACAUUCACGGGAUACUAUGUCUGAGUGCCACUGCCUUAGGAGCAGGGUCUAUGAGUUCCUGACAGUACUAAAGUCUUGAUCUAUGGGGUGAUUUGUGUCGCCAUCCAGGUUUUACACACAAUUUUGUUUCUAGUGACAAAAAUUUGAAGCUGAUGAGUCAGCAAAAUGUUUCCAGUUCAAUAAUAGCCUUUCCUGUUAAAGAUUCAUUUUCCUCAUUGAAGGGGCUGACUUAUUUGAUAAAUAUGAGUCCGGUCAUUAUCCA